AUGGCUGGCAGGCUGGCUGUUGCAGCAUCAAGCCAGUAACUGGAAGGAAUUUGAAAAUGGUAUUACAGUGCUGCAGGAUUCAAUAAAUUGGGGUUAAUGCGGGAUGAUACAAUAUAUGAGGAUGAAGAUGUAAAAGAAGACAUAAGAAAGCUUCCUAACCGGCUUCCUGAGAACCUUUAUAAUGACAGGAUGUUUCACACUGAGAGAGCGCCGGACCUGACCAGGAGGCAGCAGAUCUUGCCUAAAGAGCAGUGGACCAAAUAUGAAGAGGAUAAAUUCUACUUUGAAUCAUAUCUGAAAGAGGUUAUUUGGGAAAGAAGAGAAAGAGAAAAAUGGGCAAAGAAGUAAUCGUGUAGUUGAAAUCUGUGGAUGC